GCGCGGGUAGUCAUGCUGUCAACCAGGCGCCUGGGUCUGGUCUUGCUACCGCUGAGGCGUCUCCGGAGGUGCCCAGGGUUCGGGACCUGUCCAUUCCUGCGCUGCCUUGGGCAAGAGCCCUUCGAGAGAGCCCGGUUACUGUGUUGCAAAUUCUCGCCUAGAAACGCGCGAGAUGAAGAAGGAGAGCGCGAGGCGGCACAGAGGAGAGCCCCAGACGCAGAGUCGCCUCCAUCUCUCCCUCCGCGCGUCCGGGGACUUGGGACCAGAUGUCUUUCGUCACUGGAAAGCCUCAGACUACCGACGCCGCGGAAGGAGUCACCCCCUCGAGAGCGCGAGGGCUCGAGUGAAGACCAGGACCAGUCGGGUCCCGCACGCCAGGGAUCCGGGGGUCCCUCACUGCCCGCCUUGGCCCAGUCUGCCACCAAGGAUGACGAACUUCACGUCUCCUCUUCCUGUUCAACUACCCGAGAGGUGCCUUUUCGGGCUGGGGAGCUGAUUUUAGCUGAGACUGGGAAGAGAGAAACGCAAUUUAAAAAAUUAUUUACGUUGAGCAACGCUGGACACUUGACUAGUAGCUGGGGGCCAGUCGCGUUCAGCGAGAUCGUGGGGAAGUUCCCCGGCCAGAUACUGAGGAGUUCCUCUGGUAAGCACUUCAUGCUGAGGAGGCCAGCAUUGGAAGACUAUGUAUUACUGAUGCAAAGAGGGCCUGCCAUAACAUGUCCUAAGGAUAUGAAUAUGAUACUGUUGAUGAUGAAUAUCCACCCAGGUGAUACUGUUUUGGAAGCUGGCUCGGGCUCUGGUGGAAUGAGCUUGUUUUUAUCAAAAGCAGUUGGAUCACUAGGACGAGUCAUAAGUUUUGAAAUUCGAAAAGACCACCAUGAACUGGCUAAGAAGAAUUACAAACACUGGCGUGAUUCAUGGAAAAUGAGUCAUGUAGAAGAGUGGCCAGACAACGUGGAUUUUAUUCAUAAGGAUAUUUUAGGAGCAACUGAAGACAUAAAAUCUUUAACAUUUGAUGCGGUAGCUUUGGAUAUGUUGAAUCCUCAAGUUGCUUUGCCUGUUUUAUACCCAAAUCUUAAACAGGGUGGUGUAUGUGCUGUAUAUCUAGCAAACAUCACACAGGUUAUUGAACUUUUAGAUGGAAUUCGCAUCUGUGAACUUGCCCUCUCAUGUGAAAAGAUAAGUGAAGUUAUUGUCAGAGAUUGGUUGGUUUGCCUUGCAAAACAGAAAAAUGGAAUUUUACCUCAAAAAGUGGAACCUAAAAUCAACACAGAUUUACAAUUACAUUCUCAAAAGAAAAUUAGAAUUGAAGGUGAGAUGUUUCAAGAAGAUGACCAUGAAGAAUCACAUUCUGAUUUUCCCUAUGGAUCAUUUCCCUAUAUUGCUAGACCUAUACACUGGCAAACUGGUCAUACAGCUUUUCUUGUCAAGUUGAGGAAGUGCAAACCACAACUUAACUGAGUACCUCAGAUGACAACUGAUUUGAAGAUGUGAAGAAAAAUAUCAAAAUAGAACUUUGUAUUGCAAAUCACUACUUUCAUAUAUUGGUAUUUUUAGCUACUACUAUGAUUUGUAUAACUUUUACAUGUAAUUUUGAAAAGUAACAAAAGCUAGAGAAAGAUGUGUAACAUUUCAAAACUGCUUAAAUGUCCCAUUUUGACACUUGUCUUGCAGUUAGUUUGACAUUUUGUAGUUAAUGAUUCCAAGUUGGUUUAGUUGAGCCAUCUCAUUCUUCACUUCCUGUAAACCACUCCAUAGAUUUGUCUUUCUUCAUGAAAUUAGUUUUCUUUUCUUUGUUUGAUUGAUGGUCAUUGGCUACCAAAAUAAAAUAUGCAUUUUGAGAUAAA